AUGAGGGGAAACUCAUCAAUUGUUCUAUUGUUCGAUUGUUCUAAGAGAGCUGUGACCCCCAAGUCCAUGUCUGAUAACCAUUUAUUUUUACCAAGACCACCUUUAAAGAUAAUAAGGAAUUACACACCACUCAAUGAAUUCAUUCUACUGGGAAUACCCCAAACACAAGGACUGGAGACUUUACUCUUUGUGGUGUUCUUAUUCAUAUACGUCUUCACUUUGCUUGGAAAUUCACUCAUCUUUACAGCAAUAAUUUCUUCAUCUACGCUUCACACCCCCAUGUAUUUCUUCUUGGGACUUCUAUCCAUUUUUGACAUGUUGUUUCCAUCAGUAACCUGUCCCAAGAUGCUACUUUACCUCUCUGGCCAGAGCCCAGCCAUCUCUUACAAAGGAUGUGCGGCCCAGCUCUUCUACCUUCUGGGUUCUACUGAAGGAUGCCUCUACUCUGUGAUCGCCUAUGACCGUUAUGUUGCCAUCUGUCACCCACUGAGAUACAUGCUCAUCAUGAAGCCCGGGGUUUGUGUGAGCUUGGUAAUAAUAGCUUGGUUAGUGGGCUGUCUUCAUGCCACCAUCUUGACCUCUUUAACCUUUCGAUUAGUCUACUGUGCCUCCAAUUGAGUGGACUAUUUCUUCUGUGACCUUUCUGCAGUUUUACCCCUGGCUUGUACUGACAAUAAGUUGGCCCAGAAGGUGGGUUCCAUCAAUGUUGGCUUUCUGGCUCUGAUGCUUCUCUUUAGUGUUUGUGUCUCUUAUGUACACAUUGGGGUUGCCAUUCUGAGAAUCCGUUCAGCAGAGGGCAGGCAGAAAGCGUUCUCUACCUGCAGUGCCCACCUCACUGCCAUUCUCUGUACCUAUGGACCAGUAAUUAUCAUCUACCUGCAACGUACACCAAACCCUCUGCUUGGGGCUGUGGUGCAGAUAUUAAAUAAUAUUGUCUCACCCAUGCUGAACUCUUUAAUCUAUUCAUUGAGAAACAAGGAAGUGAAGAGAGCCUUGAGGAGAGUUUUCCAGAAUAUAAGGUUUGGUGGUCAGAAAUGA